CACUCACCCAAGAGCUAUCUCCACAAACUCUGUGCACAGAAAGACGCCAUGGACGCUCCUUUUCAACGGCUCGUGGGGCGUUUCGUGCCAGUGUCAUUGCCCCCGUCUGGGACCUUCGACGGGCAGACAGUUCUCAUCGCCGGUGCUUCCACUGGUAUUGGGCUCGCUGCUGCCGUGCACUUUGCGACCCUCGGCGCUAGCGUCAUCAUCACAUCCCGCGUAGCAUCUCGUGGGGAAGCUGCAAAACGGCACAUAGAAGAAGCGGUGGGGCCCUCUUACAAAGGCGACAUAUCGUGUCUUGAGCUGGACUUAGAAAGCUACGAAUCGUGCACCAGCUUCAUGGCCAAGCUGAAAACCAGUCUCCCCGACCCUGCCGCGCUAGAUGUAGCGAUCCUGAACGGUGGCAUGGUGAAUUCUCACUGGGAGCAAAGUGAGGCAGGUUGGGAAAGAACAAUCCAAAUCAACACCAUCGGUACGACUCUCCUCAGCCUGCUUCUGCUAGGAUGGAUGCGUGAAGCCCGGAGUCAUAGAAAGUCUCCAGCGCAUAUAGUCUUCGUCUCCUCGCGCGACCAUCUCUACAACGACAUCGAUCCACUGGUCAGGUGGUCUCAGGAAAAGGACGGCAUUUUGCGACAGGUGUCCAGCAAGGACAACUGGGAUGGCGGAUUUUGGGAAACGCAGCCGAACUACAACAUUAGCAAGCUUCUGCUCAUGUACACGAUCGAGGGUAUCAGCGAAUUGGCCCGAGGGCCGGACGGCGAUCCUCUCGUCGUUGUUAACAGCGUGUGUCCCGGGAUGGUCAAAACCGAUAUUGGCCGUCGCAUAGCCACGAGAUCGUGGAUCCACGCGAUCGGUGUCUGGCUAACUCUGUUUGUAACCGCCAAAACUGCCGAUUCGGGCUCGAGAAUCUGCGUCACGGCCGCACUGAAGCCGAAGGAGAAUCACGGCGAGUUCUUCAAUUACUGGAUGACGCCCGACAUGUAUCGCGGGCAAGCGAAGUCCGUAAUCGGCAGUGACAAGGCAAGGGCACUGCAGAAACAGGUGUGGAAGGAGGUAAUCGAUGAGUUGAAAUCCAACGUGCCGGGACUGCAGGCUAGUCUAGAUAAGAUGUGCCAGCCCGCCAUGGAUACAUUGGGGAAAGGCUCGAUAUGACGGCUUAAUAAGUUUGGUUUCCCGUUCGUUGAGGUUCUGAGUUAUCAUUUCUUUUGCAACCCUUAGGUAUACAAUGGUGUUUCCGUGGAUGAAAGAUCUUUUGGAUCGCUCUCAUAUGUAAGAACUGAUAUCUACAUUAAGCCUAUUCACAUUGAACCCAAGAGAUCAACAGAUCUAGAUGUCACACGUGUCUCACGCGAUACCAUACCCAUGUACUGCACUAUUCACUCAUUAGGACUACCUGCUUUCUUGUACAGUAUAUAGUCAGCCCAGAGCUCUCUCAAGCUCCUUA